AUGAUGGAUUUCAGUGGCAGCAAUCGCGGUUACGCCUUCGUCAUGUAUACAAAUAAAGACGAUGCUCGAAAAGCAGUCAAAGACCUUAACAAUUAUGAGAUACGCAAAGGACGUUUCUUGGGUGUUUGCGUCAGUGUCGAUAACUGUAGGUUAUUUGUUGGUGGCAUACCCAAAAGUAAACAAAAAGAAGAGAUUCUCAAUGAAAUGAAAAAAGUGACCGAUGCUGUGGUUGAUGUAAUUGUCUACCCGAGUGCUCAUGAUAAGACGAAGAACCGAGGAUUUGCCUUUGUUGAAUAUGAAAGCCAUAGAGCCGCCGCUAUGGCUAGACGCAAACUGAUUCCAGGCCGCAUUCAAUUGUGGGCUCAUCAAAUUGCUGUGGAUUGGGCUGAACCAGAACAAGAAGUCGACGAAGAUAUUAUGGCAAUGGUAAAAAUAUUAUAUGUUCGAAAUUUGAUGAUGGGAACCACUGAAGAAACACUGAAACGAGUUUUUACAGAAGCUACCAAAAAGGAAAAUGUUGUAGAACGUGUGAAAAUAAUUCGGGAUUUUGCAUUUGUUCAUUUUACUACUCGUGAGGAUGCUGUUGUAGCAAAGAAUAAGCUAGAUGGUACUAUUUUAGAAAACUCUAAAAUAGAAGUGGUUUUUGCAAAACCAGUGGAGAAAAGUGAGAGAAUGAUGCGUAAAAAUUUCUCACAGAAUUCCUGCCCCCACUAUGAACCUGUUUUUUGUGGUCAUUUACCUCCACAGUCUCCCAGAUAUGUUGAGAAUCGGAAUCGUAAAUAUACUCAGGGUCGAGGAACUGCUGGUUUUCGCUCACCACCAAAAUAUGUACCUAUUCCAUUUACAUAUCCUCGAACACCCUUUCGAAGACAUCCAGUUGAAGUUUUGGAAGAAUUAUGUAGAAAAAAUGGUUGGGGUUCACCUGUUUAUCAGUUAAUGUCUUCAGUGAGUUCUGCUGGUUUCCCACUUUUUAUGUACAAGGUUACAUUGCCACAUUAUUCCCAUAUUGGGAACUUAAUGCAACCAAACAGAUUGUGUCGAAACAUUGAUGAAGCCAAGAUCUGUGCUGCUGAAUUUAUUCUUUGCCAACUUGGAUAUUUUACAACUGAGCCAGGUUCAGAUGCUGCCUACUAUGCUUUGCCUGUCCCUGGCUACCCUAGUGUAUUAAGCAAUGUUUAUCAAGGACAGCCACUUAUUCCCAAUACAGCUUUCCACACUAAUGAGAUGGUCCCUCAUUCUGAGCAUAUCUACUGCCCCUCAACAGUUCUGGCCACCACUCCAAUAGCCGUUUCUUUAUGUGAGCCUUCAAAACUGACGCAUCACACAAAUACAAUUGUCUCUGUGGGUCCUGAUGGUGAUGGUCAUUAUAUCCAGCCCCAACAGACCGUUUGA